AUGUCAAGUAUUAAAGCUAGUAAACAAUUACUAAGGAAAGAUGUAAUGUCAAAAUUAAAUUCUUUACCAUAUCAAGAUAUUAUAGAUCAAUCAAUUGAAUCUUUAAAUGUAUUGCAAAGAUUAAAUAUUUUCCAAAAAUCUCAAAAUGUUGGUAUAUUUAUGAGUAUGGAUACUGAAAUUCAAACUCAAUUAAUUAUAAAAGAAUCAUUUGAUCUAGGUAAAAAUGUUUAUUUACCUCAUAUAGCAAAUAUUAAUAAAUUAGAUCACAACAAUAUUAAAUUAUUUAAAAAAGAACCAAUGUAUUUAAUUUUUUAUCAAAUGGAUAAUUAUGAAAGUGUAUUAAAUUUAGAACCAAUAGGGAAAUAUAAAUUAAAAGAACCAACUAAAGGUCAAGAUCUUUUAGAUGAAUUGACUGGUAAUACCCCAUUAGAUUUAUUAAUUAUGCCAGGUGUUGCAUUUACUUCAAAAUUAGAUAGAUUAGGUCAUGGAGGUGCAUUUUAUGAUGAUUUUAUUAAAAGACAUUUAAUUAAAUUUGGUUCAAAACCUUUUCUUUUAGGUAUUGGUUUAGAUGUUCAAUUAGUUGAUUCUUUACCAAUUGAAAAACAUGAUGAACCAUUAGAUGGAUUAAUUAUAAAAAAUCAAUUUUACAAUAAUGAAUGA